AUGGCUGAGGCGGAGGCGCUGGCCGCGGUGCCGGGCGGAGCGGGAGCGUUCCCCCAUGGCUGUGUACAUGUGCCGGGCCGUGCUGCCGGCCCACGCCGGGCCCCGCGGGGAGCUGGGCGCCGGGCCGCUGCUGCAAUGGAUGGACGCCGCCGCCUGCCUCGCAGGGGCGCACUGCAGAGUUGCAUUGUGGUGCUCGCAGGAAGAAGCGGGAUCUGCUGCGUGCAGUCCCUGUGUCAGGCACCAGCCCACAGGGUUGGACAAAUUAUUGCCAUCAGAACAAAGGUGAACAGAGCAUUCAAAACCAGCAUGGAGGUUGGCAUCAAGGUGACAGUACAGGAUGUUUUGACUAAUGCUGAAAGGAUUGUGAGUGUGGCAUAUGCAACAUAUGUGGCCAAACCAGUUGGUGGUGCAAAGGUUGAGUUAAAACCUGUGCAGCUUCUGUCUGCAGAAGACCACCUGGAGCACAGCCUGGCUAUUGAGAGGAGAAGAAUCCGUCUGGGCUACGUCCAGGUCUUUCAAAAGCUGAUGCAGGAGAGCAAUAAGGAAGAUACUUGUGAAGAGAAAGAUGCAGUUUCAACUGAGCAUACCCACGUACAGAGCACUGAGCUUGUCCUGCCUCCUCAUGCAAACCAUCAUGGAAACACUUUUGGUGGCCAGAUCAUGGCUUGGAUGCAGACAGUGGCAAGCAUUUCAGCAAGCCGCCUGUGUCGUUCACACCCCAUCCUGAAGGCUGUUAACAUGUUCAAAUUCUGGGGGCCAUCCUUUGUGGGUGACCGCCUGGUCUUCAAUGCCAUUGUCAACAACACUUUCCACAACAGUGUGGAGGUUGGUGUCCGUGUGGAGGCUUACAACUGUGAGGAGUGGAUCCAGGACCAGCCACGGCACAUUAACAGUGCAUUCCUCAUUUUUAAUGCUUUGGAUGACAAAGGGGAGCUGCUCACCUUCCCCAGGGUCAAGCCCACGACUCAGGAUGGUGUGAGGAGGUACCAUGGAGCUAUUGCCAGGAGGAGGAUUCGACUCACCAGAAAAUGCAUGCUAUCUGCUAAAGGAGACAAGCCCUCUGAUGCCUGGGAGACAAGCAACCAGGCCUAUUUGAGUUACAGCAACAUAGCUGCACUGACACACCUGGCAGGAAAACCAGGGUGGGACAUAACCAAGACUCUGGAUAAUGUGAAAAUCUGGACCCACGAGGAGGGUGCUGUGCUGUCAUUCAAGGUGGAGAUGCAGGUGAAGGUGCCAUCCCACGUGGCCUUCUCCCUCCUGUCCGACUUCAGCCUCCGCCAGCGCUGGGACAGACACCUCCUGACGUGUGAGGUGCUGCAGGCUGUGAGUGAGGAGGAGAAGAUCUACCACGUCACCUCUGCCCCCAUGACAGGCCACCAGCCCAGAGACUUUGUGAUUCUGGUGUCCCAAAGGCAGCCCAGCAGGCCACAGGAGCCCUACACGGUGGCUGUGAGGUCGGUGACCCUCAGGGCAGUGCCCCCGAGCCCGGAGUUCUGCAGGAGUGAAAUCCUCUGUGCUGGCUUCCAGAUCCACAGCAACAGCAGCAGCUCCUGCACUGUGUGUUACUUCAAUCAAGUGACAUCAGGAGUUAUGCCUUACUUAGCUGCAAAUCUUACUGGCUCAUCAAAAUCAAUUGAAGACACUGCUUUGGAGUGUAUAAAGUUCUUGGAGCUGGAAGACAGCAAGUGCUGA